AUGGGCCGGUUCGGGGUUGUUGCCUUUUGCCUCUUUGUUUUGGUGUCCCUGGGGACUGGUCAGCAUCAUCCGCGCGCGCGUGUCGGGCCGUGGAGACACCGGAUUCAGUGGGAGAACAACGGUCAGGUGUACAGCCUGCUGAGCACCGGGACCCAGUACCGCCUCCCCGCGCAGAGCAGGAGCCCCCCCCAGCUGCUGCUGACCACCAGAACCUCCCUCAGCCCGCCGCCGGCCCCCCCCAGGACCCGGCAGGUCCAGCAGGUCCGGUCGGUUCUGGGGGCUGAUGUGGGUCCGUACCUGCUGGCGCUGGAGCGCCCCCGCGCGCAGAGCCCGCCCCCCCGGCGCGUGGAAGCCUUCACAGGCGCCAACAGCAGCGCCGUGCACGAGUCCUCCGGGAGCGGGGGCCCCAGAGGGGGCCGCGCCGCAUCGUGGGAGGGGGCCGGUGUACCGGGGGGGGAGGCCGGAGCACCGGCCGCAGGCGCACCGGCCGGUGCGCGCGCCUUUACGCACAGUCUGGACCGGGACGCGCCCGGGAGCCCAGACCCAGCUGCCCCCUCUGCGGUGGGCAUCGGGAACCCUCCUCGCCCCCCCCCGCGGCCAAUCCCGGGAGAGGCCCGGGGCGCGCACGCCCUGACCCGGGUCUCUCCGGGGUCACACGCCCCCCCCACACCGCUGUCCGGGAACGCUGUGGAAAUUGAUUUCCCUCGUGGAGGGGCGGAUGCAGCCCACACAGCGGACCCCCAAGACCCCCAAGACCCCCAAGACCCGCACAGCGUCCUCCACAGGAACUCGGUUUUCUAUGACAUUUACCCGGCGGACCGCAGGAACAGGCUGGCGCGUCCCCCCCCGGAGGGGGGGCACGGGACCAGGUUCUUCCACCACGGCCUUCCGGACCUGAUCCCGGACCCGUUCUACAUCCAGGCUGCCUCCUACAUCCAGAGGGUGCAGAUGUACGCGCUCCGCUGCGCAGCAGAGGAGAACUGCCUGUCCAGGUCUGCCUACCACCCCAGCGUCAGUGACCUGGACUACAGAGUCCUGCUGCGGUUCCCCCAGCGGGUGAAGAACCAGGGAACGGCGGACUUCCUCCCCAUGAAGCCCAGACACGAGUGGGAGUGGCACAGCUGUCACCAGCAUUACCACAGCAUGGAGUCCUUCAGUAACUACGACCUGCUGGACGUCUCCACUGGACAGAAGGUCGCUGAGGGACACAAGGCCAGUUUCUGUCUGGAGGACACGUCAUGUGACCCGGGCACACGCCGGCGCUACGCCUGUACCGCGCACACGCAAGGGCUCGGUCCUGGUUGCUAUGAUACUUAUCAUGCCAACAUUGACUGCCAGUGGAUUGACAUCACUGAUGUGCCCCCUGGAAACUACAUCCUCAAGGUGACAGUGAACCCCUCUCAGGUGGUGCAGGAGUCUGAUUUCAGCAACAAUGAAGUGAGGUGUGACAUCAGGUACACUGGAGUUCACGUCCAAGCACGAAACUGCAGGAUUGUGCUAAGCUGAUCUGGUGAAGACAGAAAGCCUCACAGCCUCUGGUUUUUCUUCAUUAACAGCUGCUUCACUGCUGGCUGUUUUUUUACUCACACUAGUCUUUGUAUUUAUGCCACAUGAAAUGUUUUAGCUACAGAUGAAAAUGUUCUUAUCUAUGAUAACGUCUACCUGUAGUCAUUCUGAAUGCAAAGCUUUCCUGUCAGCUGUAUAUGUCCAGUACAAAAAUGGUAUAAGUGAGAUUCACUGAGGUAAAUGAAGCUGUUUAAAUGCACACUGUCAGUCUGAGUUGGUCCAUGGAAAUAACCAGGAUGCUAACAGAUGAACUGACAAACAGAAUGUUGACGCUUUGAUAAUAAAAAAAAAGGAUUAGAAAUAGAUUCUUGUGGUGU